AUGUCCGGCAAGGACUUCAUCAUCAAGCACAUGAACGCCGACCAUGGCGAUUCACUACAGCUAUACCUACAAGCCUUUUCCCGCAUCACGGCCAGCGAAGCCAAAGGCGCAACCCUAGAGGACCUCACCCUCUCCGACCUCACGAUCCGAGCCAACGGAAUCCGCUACGGAAUCCCAAUCGACCCGCCCAUGGCCAGCUACAACGAAGCCCGCGGUCGGUUGGUCGGCCUGCACAAGGACAGUCUGCAGAAACUCGGCCGAUCCGACGUGACGCUAACCGAAUACCGUGCUCCACAUGGCCAUCAGAUUGUGAUCUUUGCCCUGUGCGCCUUCCUGUACAUCACCUGCUUCAGUCGCGAGAACCUCCUGCCUGGAUCAUUUGUCUAUGAGAACUUUGGCUACAAGUUCGUUCCGGACUUUGCGCACUUUGUGUAUAAUAUCCAGCCCUACCUGUUUCCCAUCACGGUGGGUAUUCAUAUCUUCGAGUCGGCUUUGUUGGCUGUGACUAAGUUGAAGCCUCAUGGGGUGCCGUUCUUGUCGGGGCUGUGGCUUGCGUGGGUGGGUUCGUGUUUGGUGGAGGGAUUCGGGACGUUCCAGCGGAUCAGCCAGAUUGUGAAGGAGGAGCGGGAGAAGGGUGGAAAGAAGCAGUAG